AUGCAUCAAAAGCAUCUAGACUUCCAAGAAACAGAACCCCUGCUCAACAAGAAUGGCAGCUCGGGUUCCAACGAUCGAAUGACAGCUUGCGCCCAGACACCAACGACAGACCCAACAUAUGACUUUCCCAUGCCAAGCUGGACCUGGGCUAGGGCAAAGGCUGACGGCGAAGGGAGAAAAUUCCCUCAAACCAUUGCCCAUAGAGGGUACAAAGCACAACAUCCGGAAAAUACAUUGAGUGCUUUCAAAGGCGCUGUCGAGGUGGGAACUCAUGCCAUCGAGACCGACAUUCACCUGUCCAAAGACCAUGUCGUCGUCUUGUCUCAUGACACAGACCUCAAACGGUGUUUUGGGAAGAACGAAAAGAUCAUCGAUUGCAACUGGGAGUAUCUGAGUUCACUUCGUACUCUGAAAGUACCUCACGAGCCCAUGCCGCGCCUCAGAGAUCUGCUUGAAUAUGUCGCGCAACCGGGCCUGGAGCAUAUCUGGUUACUCCUGGACAUCAAGCUGGACAAUGACUCUGACGACGUGAUGCGACUAAUCGCGGAGACGCUGGCGUCUGUACCUGCGGGAGGACGAGCGUGGGAGAAACGGGUUGUUCUGGGAAUCUGGGCCGUCAAAUUUCUGCCUCUCUGCAGGCAAUACUUGCCUGGGUUCCCUAUCUCUCACAUUGGCUUCUCAACUUGUUACGCCAGACAGUUUCUCAAAGUCCCAAACGUGUCUUUCAACAUGUUGCAAAAGGUUCUCAUGGGACCUAUUGGAGCACGCUUCAUGAGAGAUGUCCGCAAAGCAGGCCGGCCACUCUACAUCUGGACAGUGAACGAAACAAACCUGAUGAAAUGGUCGAUCCAGCACGACGCCGAUGGAGUCAUCACAGACGAUCCGAAAAGAUUCAAGCGCAUAUGCGACGAGUGGGACGAGCGAGAGCCCAAAGCCAAAGCCACCUGGGCGCAGGUACUCUACACGCUCUGGCUCUGGACCUUGAUUAUCAUCUUUUAUAUUCCUUUUAAGCGCAAGUUCCCGGAGUCUGUCGAGCAGUUCAUAAAGGAGAACGAGCUCAGGGCAAAGGCGACUUCGACUCUCAGUCAGUUAUAG